UGCCUUUAUACCUCAAAUUUUAGCUCCUUUAUUUAUUGCCCGUGACCGGAAUUGUAGCUGCAACUUCGGAUGAAACGUUAUUUCAUCAUUUUGGACUUUACCUUUUUGGGUUAUUUGGCGGGGGGAAGGUAAUUUGUCGAUUUUUCGCCAGUAUUAGGUCAAAUGCUAAAUUGUUUGUGUGUAUGCAUGGUGGGAGAAUUCCUCUUAUUUUGAUGUCUUUCAACAUAGUGUGAAAGAAAUUGAGAUUUAGUGGGCGUUUGGACAUAAGGAUUGUGAAAUUUGGAAAAAUGUAGUUUUUGUUUUCAAGUUGAAAAUGGUAUUUGAAAACCAGAGUUGCGUUUGGACAUGAAUACAAACUGGAGUUGUUUUUGGAUUUUGCGAGUGAUUUGGAGUGACAAUAGCCUUUUGGAGUUUUUCAAUUUCUGGAAAAUUUAACAGUUGUAUGUCCAAACAGUUUUGCGGAAUAAUCUUCCAGAAAAAGUGAACACUAUCCAUGGCCAAACAGGCCCUUAGAAUGAUAAGCAUAAGAACAGCAGCUUACCCGAAGAGGUAUGAUCAAGUGAUGGACUUCUUGAGUGUUUAUUCCAAAAAAUUGGGGAAAGGGUAGACUUUUUACUUGUAUAACAAGUAGAAUUAUGAUGACAACAAUUUGGUGGGGCUGUUGUUAGAGAGGAUGCCAAAAGGAUAUUGUUUACUAUCACUGCGAGCAUCAAUUUGUUUGUUGCUAAUUGAAUCAUGAUACCAUCAGAUAAAUGCAUAUGAUGUUCAAGUACAUAUAACUCGAUUUACCAAGAAGUGCUCUGAGAAUAAGAUUGAAUAAGCGGGAAGAGUUUGCGUGUACAUACGGAGUAUCAUGUUGAAGACGAUGAGUUAUAGAGAGAGCCAGACUGAUAAUAAGGGAGAAAAUUGACAUUGGUUCCUUAUAUGUCAAAAAGAGAGCCCUUUAUAUCAGUGGACAAUGAGGGUUUUCUAAGUAAACCUGGAGGGACGUGUAUUUGUUUUUUAUACUUUACCCUGUAGCAUAAAUGAGCGAACUAGGUUAAUCACUUGCGGGAAGAAGACUAAAAUUACCAUGUAGAGAAUAGGUGGAACUAGGGGAGAUACUGUUAUUAGCUAUAUCGGAAGAAAAGACAUUUUCGGUGUAUUCAAGGUUGACACAGCUGAAGACUUCUGAUAUUAGCUAUAUCAAAAGAAAAGACAUUUUCAGUUUAUAAAACAGUCAGUUAAAACAUUCACUUAUGAGUCAUUGAACAAUGUUGUGAGGUUGAUAAAUGGGGUGUCAGCACUAUUGCUGACAAUAUUGCCAGGGAAUUCUUCUAUUCUUGAAGGUAUCCAUGGUUGGGAGCUUCGCCCAGCAUUUCGUGGGCCUAGACUUCCACGCUGGAUGGAAGAAAUACUCAUCACAAGAAGAUGUUGAUGAAAACAUUGGUCCAACGUCUCCUCUGUCACAAAGUUCUCGAGCUUCCAGAGUGAGCAGUUUUACCAGGCAGAGCCGCAAUUGGGUACAUUUGCUCGGAUACAUCUUCUCAUGGUUCCUUUUCCCCAUUAAAUUUAUGUUGGGCAUACCGUUGUAUCUCUAUGGUUCACAUACUACGCCUGGGAGCCUCCAGCCUCCCCAUCUGCGAGCUACCAAGAGAAUACAGUCACUCAGGGACCACUUUGUCCAACGUGCCGCUGACAGAAGGCGAGGUGUAGUUGAGGAUCUCCAUCUAGCAAUUGAGAUCAUGAUUGAGACUGUCUUUGGAGUCGUUCACAAGGCAGCACAUUGUCUUCUUUCUCCGAUAGUCACAUUUACGGAAGUGGUGAAAUGGUUCUUUUCUCAUAUGAGUGGUCCUGAGGUUGUUCCUGCUGAUGGUUCAGCUGUAUCUGUACCUACGGAUACUCUUUCAGAGAAUGAUCCUACGCCUAGGGAACGACAAACAGGCUUUUAUCAUUCACUUAAUACAGAUGCUAGGACGUGUCAAGAUGUCAUAACAGAGCUUGGGUACCCAUAUGAAGCUCUUCGUGUGGUAACUAAAGAUGGAUAUAUUCUCCAUUUGGAGAGAAUUCCAAGACGUGAUGCUCAGAAAGUUGUUUAUUUGCAACAUGGGGUUUUUGAUUCAUCCAUGGGUUGGGUAUCAAAUGGAGUUGUUGGUUCUCCGGCAUUUGCAGCCUAUGAUCAAGGGUAUGAUGUUUUCCUCGGAAAUUUUCGCGGACUGGUUUCGAGAGAACACGUUGACAGAAAUAUAUCCCCACAACAAUACUGGCGGUAUUCCAUAAAUGAGCACGGGACACAAGAUAUACCUGCAAUGAUAGAGAAGAUCCACGAAAUAAAAGUUUCUGAAUUGAAAAAUAGCCAAGAGGGUCUCGAGGGAGAGUGUGAGAGUGAUCAACCUUACAAGCUCUGUGCUAUUUCCCAUAGUUUGGGUGGAGCUGCUAUUCUGAUGCAUGUCAUAACCCAGCGAAUUGAGGAAAAACCCCAUAGGCUUUCAAGAUUAAUCUUGUUAUCACCUGCUGGCUUCCAUCAUGAUUCAAAUCCUGUAUUCACGGUGAUGGAGUACGUAUUCCUAAUGUUAUCUCCUUUGCUGAUGCCCUUUGUGCCAGCUUUCUAUAUACCCACUCGGUUUUUCCGCAUGUUGGUCAACAAGUUGGCUCGGGACUUCCAUAACUUACCUGCUGUUGGAGGCCUGGUGCAAACCCUUAUAAGUUAUGUGGUCGGUGGAGACAGUUCAAAUUGGGUCGGAGCUUUAGGAUUAUCACAUUACAAUAUGAAUGACAUGCCAGCUGUUUCAUUUCGCGUGGCACUUCACAUGGCACAGAUUAAACGCGGUCGUAAAUUUAUCAUGUUUGACUACGGGAGUGCUGCUGCAAACAUGGAAGUCUAUGGUUCACCACAGCCUUUGGAUUUGGGGGAGUACUAUAUCCUUAUUGGCAUUCCUGUUGAUCUUGUUGCUGGGCACAAGGACAAGGUCAUCAGGCCAUCCAUGGUUAGGAAACAUUAUGACGUAAUGACUGAUGCAGGUGUAGAUGUAUCAUAUAAUGAGUUUGAGUACGCGCAUCUGGAUUUUACAUUUUCUCAUCGUGAGGAACUACUCGCAUAUGUUGUGUCUCGGUUAGCAUUAGUAGGGCAUUCGACAAAGCAACCAACUGGGUAGAAGUCACUAAGGCAUCGGAGAAAUGAGGGACAACCGAGCAGCCAUUAUGGUGUAAUGCUGCAAAAGCCCGAGACACAUGUUUUUUCCCGGUGUGCUUCAGGUUGUAUUUAAGAAUGGAUAUAUGAGAAUAUGGGGAACACACUGUUAUAUUCCCUAAUGCUCUGGGAAGGGGAUUCGCCUAUGUAUAGUACCGUGUGUUGUAAUAGAUUUGUUUGAGGUGCGGUUGGAAGUGGAUGUUAUUGCUCUGCAUAUAGUUUCUUUAUGUUGUAAGAAUCAGAGAUUUUCCAAGGUUCAUUGGGGAA